UCUCGCGACCCUUCCCGUGAUGCCCCGCACCCAGCCGCCGCCGUUGCCAGGUAGCCCGCGGUCCUUGGCUGCUAGCUGCGCGGGUUUCCGCUGGAUGAUGGGGCUGCGGGAUCUCCCGCAUUUCCUGCUCUUGCUCCUGGACUGCUGGGCCUCCGUGAGCGCCCAGGCCGGGGACACCCCGGUGGUGACGACGGAGGCCCUGAACUCCACGAAGCCAGCCCCGACGACUUUCCGACCUGCUGUAUCUCCUAGGCCCCAUGAAACCCCCAGGGCUCCCAGGCCCUCCUCCGGGCCCAGGCCCACCCCGGUCACGGACGUUGCUGCUCUGUGUGUCUGUGACUUGUCUCCAGCACUGUGUGAUGUCAACUGCUGUUGUGAUCCUGAUUGCAGCUCCGUGGAUUUCAGUGUCUUUUCUGCCUGCUCAAUCCCAGUUGUCAUGGGUGAUAGUCAGUUUUGUAGUCAAAAAGCAGCCAUCUAUUCAUUGAAUUUUACAGCAGACCCACCUCAGAGAGUAUUUAAACUUGUUGACCAAAUCAAUCCAUCUAUUUUCUGCAUUCACAUUACAAACUAUAAACCUGCAUUAUCCUUUAUUAAUCCAGAAGUGCCUGAUGAAAGCAAUUUUGAUAAAUUGAUUAAAACAUCUGAUGGUUUUUCAUCGAAUGCAGAAUCAGAUGUUUCCUUGACAGCCAAACCGGAUGCUCCAAAUACUGCAAAAUAUGAGUAUGGGGUUCAUCUGCAGACUUCACAUUCAUUUCUGAGAUUCCCUUCUCCCCUUACAUCAUCUCUGUGCACCGAUAAUAACCCUGCAGCAUUUCUGGUUAACCAAGCUGUUAAGUGCACCAGAAGGAUAAAUUUGGAACAGUGUAAAGAAAUUGAAACCUUGAGCCUGGCUUAUUACAGCAGCCCUAAAAUUUUGAGGGUGCCUGGUUCAGGAACAAAGGUCCCUAUCACUGUUCAGUCCAUCAUCAUUCAGUCUCUAAAUAAAACGCUAACCCGACUGGAAGACACUGACACUGAUGUAUUGAGGCCGCUGGUUCUUGUCGAGGCUGGGCAUGAUAAAAUCUGCACUAACGUCGUUCUUGAGGUGAAGUAUAGCCUCACAUAUACAAAUGCAGGUGAGAUAAUAAAAGCUGAUGUCUUUGUUCUUCUGGGAGCAGUUAGCAGUGCAAUGGUUCCAUUCCAGCAAAAGUUUGAAAUUUAUUUUAUUCAGCAAAAUACAAAGCCAGUUCCUCUCAGUGGAAACCCUGGUUAUGUUGUGGGACUCCCGUUAGCUGCUGGAUUUCAGCCUCAGAAGGGGUCUGGGAUUAUGCAGACCACGAACAGAUAUGGACAAUUUACUCUUCUUCGUAGCACAGCUGAGCAAGACUGCUUAGCAAUAGCGGGGAUCCGGACCCCAGUAUUAUUUGGUUACAACAUGCAAUCUGGCUGUAAACUCAGACUGACCAAAGCUAUCACGUGUCAGCUGGUAGCGCAGAAGGUGGAGAGCCUGCUGAAGGGCCAGGGCUUCCCAGAUUAUGUGGCCCCUUUUGGAAAUUCUCAGGCCCAGGAUGUGCUGGACUGGGUACCCGUCCACUUCAUCACCCAGACGUCCCACAUGAAGGAUUCUUGCCAGCUCCCAGUGGCGUUGGCUAUAGAAGUGAAGUGGACUAAAUACGGAUCCUUAUUGAACCCACAGGCUAAAAUCGUCAAUGUAACUGCAAAUCUGAUUUCAUCCUCGUUUCCUGAGACCAACUCAGGAAAUAAAAGGACAAUUCUUAUUUCCACUGCUGUUACUUUUGUGGAUGUGUCUGCACCUGCAGAGGCAGGCUUCAGAGCUCGGCCAACCAUCAAUGCUAGGCUGCCCUUUAAUUUCUUCUUCCCAUUUGUUUGACAAGGGGUCUGGCUUGGCCAUUUCCAGUACUCUCAACACGUAGGUUAUAUGCGGAAGCCACGUUGCACCUUUGGGAAGAGCGUAAAGAGAACAGACCUUGAAGUAGUGCAGGCGUUGAGGGUUUAUCCAGUUUAUUCAUCCCCUGCUUUAAUGUGAGUUAUUUUUUAAAAUAUUAUUUUUAGUUCAGGCUUUCUUUUCAGGUCCCGUUAAAAUGAGUACAAAAAUAUCAAGUUGUAUAAAAUCAUGCAAGUAGAGUACAAGGCCUCACGAGGGGAUCUUCCCCCAAAUGUCAUGUUAAUUACAGUGGAGUCUUGGGUCUUAAUUGCUACUUUUGUACCAGGCACUGGAGCUAGCUUGCUCUCCAGCUAGUGGGCCGGUAUAGGAUGCCACAGAGUGAUUCCAAGCAGUUGAACCUAGAAAGAAUACAGUAGAGGGCCCACGGGAAGGAGAGAGUUUGGGCCCACGGGAAGGAGAGAGUUUAUUUUAUACAUUAAUUGUACAGUAAUUGAGAAAAAUGUUGUCGGGGGGCAGAACUAGGCGGAGCCAGCUAAAAGCUGGAGGAUGCAGAGGAGGGGCUGGGUACUUGAGAACAAGCUCCUUGGGGGAAAUUGUGAUUAGCUGUUUAGAACAGCUUGGAAAUAGAAAAGACUUUUCUAGAAUGUGCUGAUAGCUAAGGUAGCUCUGUUUUC